AGUGCAGUACCAAUACCAAUACCAAUACCAAUACCAAUACCCAUACCAAUACCAGUGCCAUACCGUAGACAGACAAAAGCCAUGCCGGAAACAUCAACAGCCCGAGCGGUGGUAGACAAUAAGCCCACAGUGGUGUCUUAGGAUGGGAACUAUCAGAUCAGCGAUUCGGCGUUGAAAUCUCUUCGUGAUUCUCGACACAGCAUCCGACGGGGAGGGAUUCCGAAUCGACACCACAGUGGCGGUUCCAACAACUCCAAGGGGGCAACAGCAGCAGCAGCAGCCGCUGGAUCAACGACCCCACCGGGAGGAGCACUGGACACAUCUCGGAAAUCGAAUCGCAGUAGUCAGAGUAGUUCCAUUUGGAGCAAUAUUAUGGGACGGGGAAGACGCAUCUAUGGCAGUGUGGCCAGUGUGGCCAGCAGUAUUACGUUGACGGAGUUUGAUGGCAACUUUCCGAAGAGUUUGAAAUCUCCGAGGGAUCCUUGGACAUUCGCCAAUUGAAUUUUGUCCAUGACGAAGAGCAGGUAGACAGUCAACCCAUGUUGCCACAACGACAAACCAGUGUCACGGCGGGACAGUCUUCGUCUCUCAUGUCCACCAGUGAUCUAUCCAAACUCAGCCAUCAUGUCGCAAAAUUGGGAACCCAACACGAACAACAACAGGAGCAACAAGAACAGGCACCACCACCUGGGUCGUCCAGGUCCUCGGAUUUGUCUCCUCGACAACCAGGACGGAAAACAUCCAUCAAAACGCUCUCCAGUGAAUGCCCCUCGGCUCCCACUCUGGAACCCAACAGCAACCACACCAAUAAGAGCAAACAACCACAACAACAGACAAGAAUCAUCAGAAGCACCCUUUGGCCGGUCCAACAGCAAGGACAGUGUGCCACAGUUCCCAUGCCGCAAAAAAUCGUCCAAAUUAGUUGCAGAAUCCAUCAAAGAGGAAUUGCUAUCCGCCGAAUUUAGGGAUCAGGCAAGCAGUUUUCUAGAAGCUAUGCAACCCCUUCUGGGAAAACACAGCGACGACAACAACAAUAAUACAUUCACGGGAGCGCUCGCUAUUGAUAAAAUGCUGGAAUCUGGAAUGGUCGAUUCACGACAAGAAGCAGUGGAAGUAGGGCAAGCAAUUCAACAGACUGGGGAAUUAUUUUAUCACAUUUCCGGCAUCAAAAAACCGUUUGUGGAUAGUAGUGAGGAUGUGUUUGUCAUGGCGCCAAAGCCUCCGCCGCCGCAACCUCCCGGGCCUUGCAUGAUGUCGGUGCGUCGCAAGACGGAUACCAGUAUUUCCAUUGAAGAAGAGUCCCCGCUUCAGGUAUCGACUGCCAAACACAUUUCGGUGCCACAUGUAAAACGAUAAAGUCGAACGAACGACGAACGGUAUGAAUGAAUGUGUGGGACCGGCCGAGGCUAAACACAAAACAAACAGGAAGAACGCAAAAUGCCGCUGCGAUGUUUAGCUAAUGAAUGAGCCUGCUCGACCGGGGUGUGGGUCAUAAUUUUGUUGGACGUUUUGGUUUUGUGUAUCUGUUGGUCGCCGGGUACCUUGUCUUCCGUAUCGUAAUGUACAAUCGGGGUUGGAGUGAACGGGCAUACGAUGUAAUGCUUAAGCGCGUUACGAUCAAAUCUCGCACAUCUACCUGUACGUUACCAUAGUAUCCAUCUGCUACGCCAAUUUGAUGGUCGCGUUCAUGUUGCCACCUUGACUUGGGAUGACGCAAGGACGGGGACUAAUUAUUUUAAGCCCGGAACGCGGAACGGGCGAGGUCCUGGUUCGUGUUGGUAUUAUUGGCGUGGUAGCAACGCCAAGAUUAGACUAGUGCGGCAGUCCAGAACAAAGGCAAGAAGACAAAUAGCUCGCGUAUUGUUUCAGCACUGUAAUUGCGUGUGCUUGAGGCUUUGCUGGAGUUUUGACCGGGGGACCUUCUACGGUGCUGACCGCGGUCGCUGGCUCUCCUCAUUGGGAUCCCACGGCAAAGCCCUUCAACGCUUGUACAAACUGCGACGCAUCGUUUUGAUUUCUAUAUUCUUGCUUUUGCCGUGCACGAAAGACGGACCAGGAUCGCUGGCACUCCCCAUGGGAGGUCCUUCAACUCAAUCUACAACGAACCGGCACCUAGAAAUCUAAGCAGAAUGGAUUUCAAGCUUAAUAAAAUAACUGUGGAAACUGAUAAAAUUUAAGGGAACUGAAGCCCGUAACAGAAAUCCGAGAAGCCAAUUCGAGCGGCUCGACAUGAAACAUGACACAAGUUGCGGCGCAAUAUAUUAGGAUCCCAAGAGGCGUGGAAAAUGAAGCGAACCAGCCAUAAAGGUUUCCAAAGAUUGCUAUUCUCAGUCAUUUGCAAAGGUCUUCGACCCAGCAUACGACGUCAUUCAUGCAUACUUGAACAUGUUGUCAUGUCUUACACAAAACCCAAACCAAACUACCAUCCUCCCAUAUGAACCACAAUUCCCAGU